CAUUGACUUGAGCCUUGUUGCUCGCUGGUGCCUCUCGCUCCGGGUCUGCGUCUCUUCUGCCGAAAGGGAGCCUCGUCCCUGCCAGAGUCUGCAAAACGAAAACGAAAAAAAUCAAAGGAGGAGGCUGGUGGAUUUUUAUUUAAAAUUCAACUUCUGCAGAAUGCAGAGAUCACUUUCUCUUGCAUGAAGAGGAGUUUUUUUUAAAAAAAGGAGCAAAGCAACGCACGGGGCAGAAUAAUGUAGUUGUUAUUAUUAUUAUUUUAAAUUGUCCAAGAGAAAAUCCGGCAGAAAAGAAGCAAUUUUGCAUUGUUGGAUCUUCCUUACGCUAUGGAGUAUAAAACAAGACCGCGUCUGUGGUUUUGGGUGACCGUCCUCGGCUGCAUGAUUUCCGAGGUGUCAAGCAUGUCUCCGGAAUGUUCUAUCAUGCUGAUCAUCGAAUCCGAGAGGGACAAAUGUUUUGAGCACUCGGACUUUGAUAACCAAACUUUAGGCUGCGGGAGUAUGUGGGAUAACCUUACUUGCUGGCCUGCAGGAAGUCUGGGCGAAGUCAAAGUCCUGCCCUGCCCUGCCUAUUUCACCUUCUUUUCAAGGACUGCAGGUAACGUGAGCAGGAACUGUACCAGUGAAGGCUGGUCUGAAAUGUACCCUCCAUACAUCGCGGCGUGUGGGUAUGAUCCCAACGCCACAAACGUGGUGGAACAGAACACAUUCUACGGCACUGUGAAGACUGGGUACACCAUUGGGCACAGUUUGUCUCUCGUUGCUCUCACGGCGGCCAUGGUGGUUCUGUGUCUCUUCAGGAAACUCCACUGCACUCGGAAUUACAUCCACAUGCAUCUCUUCAUGUCCUUCAUCAUGAGAGCCAUCGCCGUCUUCAUCAAGGACGUCAUCCUCUUUGAGAGAGGGGAGUCCGACCACUGCUCCAUUGGCUCGGUUGGCUGCAAGGCUGCGAUGGUCUUCUUCCAGUACUGCAUCAUGGCCAACUUCUUCUGGCUCCUAGUUGAAGGCUUGUACCUUCACACGCUUCUGGUCAUCUCCUUCUUCUCAGAGAAAAAAUAUUUCUGGUGGUACAUCCUGAUUGGCUGGGGUGCACCCAGCUUGUUUAUCUCUGCCUGGACUAUCACUCGGAUCCACUUUGAGGAUGUUGGUUGUUGGGACUUAAUCGAAUCUCCCUUUUGGUGGAUCAUCAAGGCUCCCAUUUUGGUUUCCAUAUUGAUAAAUUUCGUCCUCUUUAUUUGCAUCAUCCGGAUCCUGGUUCAGAAACUUCACUCUCCAGAUGUCGGACGAAAUGAUACAAGCCAGUAUUCGAGACUUGCAAAAUCCACCUUACUGCUGAUCCCGCUCUUCGGCAUCCACUACACCAUCUUCGCCCUCUUCCCCGACAAAUCAAAGCUGCUGGAGAUGAAGCUGGUCUUUGAACUUGUGCUGGGAUCCUUUCAGGGCUUUGUGGUGGCUGUCUUGUAUUGCUUCCUCAAUGGAGAGGUCCAAGCCGAGCUGAAGCGGAAGUGGCGAAGGUGGCACAUGGAGAGGUUCCUGGGCUCCGACAUGAAAUAUCACCACCCCUCCAUGGGCAGCAACGGGACCAACUUCAGCACCCAAAUCUCCAUGCUGACCAAGUGCAGCCCCAAGAGCAGGCGCUGCUCCAGCUUCCAAGCCGACUUGUCUCUGGUUUGAGACCCGGACGGGAAUGACCGAGGGACCAAAUGGGUGGGACACAAAGCAAUGGGAGAGGAAAGAUGACACCAGCCAGGACUUUGGAUUAAGGGUGACAGGUGUGAAGUUGUGUGUGUGCAUUAUUUUUUUAAAGACAGGACAUUCUUCUGUCAACCAAAGCAGGACAAAACACUGGAAUAGCGGAAGGAUGAGAAGAGGCCUGGUUGGGUGGUGGAGUCUCCCUUUGGUUCUUCUCAAGUCUUUAAGUUCUGAGUGUUGUUGGAGCGCUUGUGAAUGCAGCGGAAUUGCAGUGCAUGGUGGAUAAGAGAGAGCCCGCCUUUGCAGCUCUCAACCAACAGAUGCAGAAUGAGCCAAUGGGGGGGGAGCAGGUGUUGUGACCUCAUCUGCCAAGAUCUUUCGUGGGAGAGAAGGAAUCAUUUGAUCAGAGAGGGAGAGAAGGAAUCAUUUGAUCAGAGAGGUGCUCCCUGGACAUGACGCAGCCGACUAAGCCUCUCUCUCUCCGGCUAAACUUCAGAAGCCAGAAGACCAUCUCAACUCCAGAGACAGCAUGGGAUCAUCCUGAAUGCUCUGUUGGUUAUAUAUCUGAAGCUUUAACUGGGUCCCCAAAGGCACUCCUGGAAAAGGUUGUCUUCUAUUCUGUUUGGGGGAGGAAACCAUCGGUCCAGGAAGUGCCAUAAUUGACAACUCUGAUGGGCAGAAACUCUUCAGGGUCUCAGCAAGAGGCUCUCUGGCCUCUGCUGCCUAGGGGCACUUUCAACUGGAGAUACCAGGAAUUGAUUUUCUGCAUGCAGAGCACAUGUGCUCCCAGUAAGCUGUGGCCCCUCCUGAAGUGACAAGCAGUGGUUUACACACUGCUUUUGAAUCAGCUACAUCUCAUGCCCUCUCUCCCCACCUUCAACCAUCAAGCAAUCCCUCCCAUCAAAAAAAGAAAGGAGAGAUGUUCCAUUUCGUGGUGUUGGGAGCAUCUGCUGGUUGGAGGAAAGACGAUUCACCAGGUUCUUUGACCUGGGAUGGGUGAAUAAUAUGCCCUUCCUAACUAGGCUUGCCCUUUCCAGGCUGGGUGGUGACAUCCCCAGGGGGUCUUCUGAGCAGCUUGGACAGGGAGACUCCACUGCCAGGGUCUGUUGACGCUUACCCAGAUGCUACAAGCUGGUGGAAGGACCUCUGUUUGCAUGUCACCUCCAUUGUUGAUAUUGCAAACUCUGUGGAUUCUGAAAAGGACAGAAAGCGUGCAAGGGGGAAUGAGACUUGUGCGCUCUUGAUAACUCAUGGACUCUCAGUUCGGGAGCCUGUUAUGCGUAUGGUUCAGAUGGAAAGCAGGGAGAGGACCAACUUGUUUGAUGAUCAUCCUGCCCUUGGCUGCUUCCCCUUGAGGUGCCAGAGUUCUUAAUUCCGCCCUCUUGUAAAUAUUCCGGAACUUUCUGGGCCUGCUCUUCAGAGAGCAGCACAGACUGUGUGUGCGCAGAAGCCCUCCCUCUUUCCACCAACGACCAUUUCUCAGUGUGACGAUUCUCACCAUCUCCUCUUGGCCAGUGCAGACACGGAGCCUGCUUUGUUCCUGACGAACUUUGACUGCGUGUUAUUUAUUUCGCCAGACUUGGAACUGUAAAUAGUUUGGAUCCUUAGCCUUUCAA